AAGCAAAUAGGAUUUUAGUGAUUAAAAAAAAAAUCAAAAACAAGCAUCUUUGUGAAGACAUCAGCAAAAGUACAGGAAUGGAAAUAUCAAGGGAUGUCACGUAAUCACGUUGUCCACCGGGUGUCUUGGAAGUAUAAAGGUUGAGAACCACUGCUGUACAUCACGCAACUGAUCUUCUUUCUGUGAUCUAACGCAACAAUAGUGUAAAGAAAAACCUUCAAACGCCCGAGGGUAAUCAACACUUCAACUCGAGCAAGAGUUUGAAUAAGUAAAUCUGCAAAAACGUCAGUGACACGAAAAAAGAGGAAGCCUGAACCUGGAAACUUUUAACUACGGCACGAAGGCGGAGCGAACGCACUGUAGACCACAAUGCACUUGUUUUUGUUUUUGAAGAAGUAAAACUUAGCACGCCUCUUGUUAAUGAGAGCAGAACCGUCCUCCUCUCCUCCUGUAGCGCCACCCCCACAGGCUGACUGAGCCUCCUCCGCCGCCGCUUCACACAAUGUGAGCGAGCAACACGGGAUGUGACGUCAGGGCGUGGGCGGACCCCUAUGGCGUGUUGAUUUCCCGCGGUUUGGCGAUUCAUUACGACUGAGGAGUUCACUUUCUUUUUAUUUUUUUUUUGUUUUUUUACCCCCAAAGCGUACGAAGAGUCGCUCUUCGAAGACAUCCGACAGAGAGUUUUUACAGCUCCUUGUCUGUCGGUAAACUGAAAAAUGCCACCGAAAAAUCCCAGGAAGGCAGCCUCUUCCGCCUCUGCUGCCGAAGGCUCAAAGCCGGUCUCAAAGCAGCUGUCGGGAAGCGAGCUGCUGAGCCAGGAAUCGCGACUGAAAGACGAAAGACAUAAAGACAAAGCAGCUGAACUUGUCUCAUUGUGUGAGCAUUUCAGAGUUGCAGAUGAAGUUUGUGAUAAAGCUUGGGAGUUAUCACAGAUUCUGCUGUCCUCAAUGGAAACUGAGCAGGGAACUAACAAAAUGCUUUAUGGAGCCUGUUUGCUGAUUGCUGCGAUAGAACUAGAUGAAGUUCAGUUUACUCUUAGUGAUCUGUUGAAGAAUAUAAAUAUGAAUGUGUCCAACUUUUUUAAUUUGCUGAAAAAGCUGGAUGUAAAUAUGGACACCAUCAGCACUAAAGUGAAUAGUGUUGUCUCAAGGCUCGAAAAAAAAUAUGAAGUACAGCAUGCCCUUUAUCAGAGGUUUGAAACAAAUUUAAAGAAAAUUUUUGUUGAAGAAUCCAGUACUCGUGUGAAGGCAGUGUCAGAUUCAAAAUCAAUUGUUAGAAGCUGUUGGAUUUUGUUUUUGCUUGCAAAAGGAAAAGUGUUACAGAUGGAAGAUGACCUUGUGAUCUCUUUUCAGCUUCUGCUGUGUGUCCUUGAGUAUUUUGUUAAGUUGUCACCUCAUGCACUUCUAAAACAACCUUUCAAGGAUGUCGUUAAAGAUCUGAAAGAAACCGUACCAAUCCGAUCCUCCAGGAGGGGAACAGGCAGAAUUGUACGUACUGCCCCCAAACCCGUAGAGCCUGACUUCCGGGUUGUGGAAGUCCUGUGCAAAGAAAAUGAAUGCAAUAUUGAUGAGGUGAAAAAUGUGUAUCAGAAAAGUUUCAUGUCUUUUUUGGAAAUGGUGAAUUUGACCAACCAGGAUGGGAUACCCAAGGAAGAAGAAUUUUCUAAGCAAUAUGAAGAACUAUAUAUGAAGAACAAGGAUAUAGAUGCCAGAUUAUUCCUGGAUCAGGAUGAAACAUUACUUCGUUUGAAGACUGAAGAGUGUCUGCUAGAAAAAACACCCAAGAAGAAUUGCUUAGACGAUGACUCCAAUCUGAUUCCUCCUCAGACCCCUGUAAGGGCUGCCUUGAAUUCGAUUAAUCAACUGAAAAUUAUCCUGAAUUCUGCAAGCAGCAAGCCUUCUGAAAAUCUGAUGAAAUAUUUUGGUAACUGCACAGUAAAUCCCACAGAGGGUAUUGCCAAAAGAGUGGACAGGCUUGGUAUGGCAUUUACAGAUCGAUUUGCUAAGGCAAUGGGACAAGCUUGUGCUGAAAUUGGGUCUCAGAGGUACAAGCUGGGUGUUCGUUUGUACUACAGAAUAAUGGAAAUCAUGCUGAAGUUGGAAGAAAUGCGUCUAUCUGUUCACAAUUUUAGUAUGUUAUUGAAUGACAAUAUUUUCCACACGUCAUUGUUAGCCUGUGCAUUGGAAGUUGUUAUGGCUACAUAUGGCAGUACCAAUUUAAAAAGCUUUGGCUCAUCGGAAACAGACCUGCUCUUUCCUUGGAUUCUUGAUGUGUUUGGGCUGAAAGCCUUUGACUUCUAUAAAGUAAUUGAGAGCUUCAUCAAAGCUGAGCCAAAUCUGACAUGGGAAAUGAUAAAGCAUCUAGAGCGCUGUGAGCAUCGCAUCAUGGAAUCCCUGGCUUGGGUCUCAGACUCCCCUUUGUUUGAACUGCUCAAACAGCUGAAGGAACAAGGAGUUCAGGUGGAGCAGUCUGAAAUGCCAGGCGGCCUCGAUCUCCCGCUGCAACACAAUCACACCGCUGCAGACCUGUACCUGUCUCCAGUCAAGACGCCAGGAAAGAAAGCACCUCCUACAAAUGGCAGGAAGCCUCAGACAGCUAACGACCAUGCACCACCUAGUGCUCCAGCACAGCCGACCUCUCAAAAAAUGCAGAAAUCUACCUCACUUUCCCUUUUUUACAAGAAAGUUUUCCGCCUGGCCUACAAGCGUCUCAACAUGCUGUGUACAACUCUACUAAGAGAACAUUCUGAGUUGGAGCCGAUCAUUUGGACCCUCCUUCAGCACACACUGCAGCACGAGUAUGAACUCAUGAAGGACAGACAUCUUGAUCAGAUAAUGAUGUCAGCCAUGUACGCAAUCUGUAAGGUGAAGAACAUUGAUCUCAGGUUUAAGACCAUUGUGACAGCCUACAAAGAUUUACCCAACACUAACCAAGAGACUUUCAAAAGAGUUCUUAUUCGAGAAGGGCAGUAUGACUCUAUCAUUGUUUUUUAUAAUCUAGUUUUUAUGCAGAAGCUGAAGACCAAUAUCCUGCAGUAUGCCUCAUCUAGGCCUCCAACACUGUCUCCCAUCCCACAGAUACCUUGCAGCCCAUAUAAAUUAUAUGCCAACUCACCCCUGAGGGUACCAGGCAGCAACAACAUCUACAUCUCACCUCUGAAAAGCAGCAUGUUGUCACCAACUAAAAAGAUCCAGAUAUCUAUUGGGGACUCAUUUGGGACUUCAGACAAGUUCCAGAUGAUCAACCAGAUGGUAAGCAGUGAGUGGUCCCAUAAAAGAGGAAUGGACAUGGCAGACGCCCCUCGGCCACUGAAGCGAUUACGUUUUGAUGCAGAAGAAGCAGACAACAGCAAACCUGCCCAAGAGUCGAUGUUCCAAAAGAAGUUGGCUGAAAUGACAUCAACGAGAACCCGAAUGCAGGAGCAGAAGCUCAAAGGUGGAGCGGACUCUUUGAGCAGGGAAGAGAAAUGAAGCGUCGCCCUGCCUUGCACAAAAGAGACCGCGGGCUUCUAGUCUGCCUUCAGGAUCCAAAAAAGUGUUUUUCUUUUAAAUCA